CCAGGUUGAUGGCUUCCCCCAUGUUGGAGUUCCCUCUGCUGUACACGUCUUGUAUCAAUCUGUCGUCAUUUUAAGAGAAGAACUCAUAGCCUUCAUGUUUGGGACAAGGAGGAACUUCUCGUGACUAAAUAUCAACCAGGACCUCGCAUUAUGCUUCUGUGUAAUGGUGAUAGAUGAAUUACUAUAAAAGAAGAUUAAGGGAGAUAAUUGAUGGCGUCAGCGCUCGUCCAGAUGACUGCAUUCAGUCCAUGUUCACAACUGAGCGACAUGAUCAUGAUAGGUAUGGAAGCCAGCUUGGAAUCCUUCCCGGGCUCUAGGGAUGAAGGAAACAAACGUUCUCAUUCGGACGGCGAUGAAGACCAAGAUAGAAGUCAUGUGAAGAAAAGGAGGAAGCAGUCUAAACCUAUUCGAAUCACAGCUAAUGAUUCAUUGCCUGAUAGUAAAGGUGUUAUAGGGUCUGGAAGUCAAGGCAUGGGUGACAUGGAUUUUUCUGAAACCGGAGAACACUUUCUGACCGAAGGUCUAGUCGAGGUGAAUGCGAAUUCUUUGGCCAAGGCAGAAGAAUACGAAGAUCGUGACCAGAAAAAUCAAGAAUUAAAUAACAUUUUUUAUGACAAUCAGGAUAAAAGGACUCAGGGUGAUAAGACAUAUGACUCUUCACUUCCACUUAAUUUAUCGAACAUAAAGCACCCGUUCAUGGACUCUCUGGUUGUUAGUGAAGUCGGUGACAGUCACACUGCACCUAAUAAACAUGUUCCUAUUGAUGCUAAUAUUCAAUUUCAAUCUACUACUCACGAAGGUACUAAAAACUCAGUCGCACAAGAAAACUCUUAUUUGUCGCAGUCUCCUUCUCUUCUGCUGCCUUUGUUUAAGCAAAACCAAAUCCAAAACCAAAUUUCUCAAAUUACGUCACAGAUGAGAAUUUUUAAUCCGGAGGCUUUCUGUGAUUUGUGUAACAAGGAAUUCUGUAAUAAAUACUUCCUGAAAACUCAUAAAGCCAACAAACACGGGAUUUAUUCAGAGAGCCCGAGUGGCCCAACCCUUCUAGACCCGAUGCCCAGUCUACCCUUCACAAAUUAUUUUUCAACCAAUAGUGAUACGUACGAAAGUCCUCCUUCAUACCAAACAAUUAAUAUUUCAAAAAGCUUAUUUUUUCAAUCCAGUUAUUCAAUCAGCCGAACAGCUCCUAAAAAGAACCAAGCUCUUCAACAACAACAACAACAACAACAGCAGCAGCAGCAGCAACAGCAACAAUCCAACGUUUAUUCUUCUUUGAAAUCCAAUUCAAGUGGGAAUAUGAGAGCGCUUUGCAACAUCUGUCAAAGAGAGUUUUGUAACAAAUACUUUGUAAGAAGACAUAAAUUAAAGAUACACGGCAUUGUUGAUCCUGUUUCAAAAGAAGGUUCCAAUGCAGAUACACAAGAAAGCAACAGUUUAAAUAACAAUACCUCACAAGAGAAAGUCGAUAUGCCUACGACGGAAGCAGAAGCUUAUAGUGGGUACACAAAACAGUUUAUUCCUUCAAAUUUUAAUAUGGAUAUGAAAGAAGUGUCACAUAACAUGGAACUCAGCUUGGAGAAACCAAAAGAGAAACCAGAAAAAGAACCAGAACAAGACAUUCAGCUACCCCAGAUAUCACAUAUAACUCCAACCUCCAUUGAGACCAGCCCUCUUAUUCACGUUUCACAAAAUGAAGACAAUAAUAAAGAAAACGCUCUUUCUUCAGUGCGGCUUAAGAAAUUUGGUGUCGUUAACGCUGAUGCGUUUUGUGACAUUUGUUGCAAGGAAUAUUGCAAUAAAUAUUUCUUGAGAACUCACAAACUCAAAAGCCACGGAAUACUUCCAGUGGACGAAAAGAAAGAUGAAACUGUUAAUGGAACUGGCAAUAACAUGUCUUGGUAUCAGAUGCAAACAACUCCACUCAAUCUCAUCGUUAAUGAGGCUUCAGUUAGUAAAGAUGCCUCCGAAAAGCUCGGUUUCGAAGUGGAAGGAGAAGAAUGCGUUUGUAAUGUAUGUGGCCGAUACUUCCAAAGCCAGUUUUUACUGAAAAUGCACCAAGCUUAUACUCAUCCAAAUAAGUUUUUACCUAAUGAGGCCCUCGCUUUAACCAAACAAAACACCAAACCAUUCGAUAUUACUAAAGGAAAAGAUUUUGGCGACAUCGAUCUUUCACAAAAACAACCGAUUGAAAAUUAUUUACCAGUUGUCAAAUCAGAGUAUCCUAAAGAGUUCGAGGAGAGUGAAAAUAAAGCUGUCGUAAAUACCGAAAGUCUACAAAAAUUACAAACAUUAAUAUCACGAUUGAACAGUUCGAAUAACAGUGAAAGUUCUACAUGUGAUGUUUGUGAUAAAGACGUCGGCCAUGUGUCACUUCUGGAAAACCACAUACUAAAGGAGCAUGCAGUAUUGUUGGAGGAAAUGGGAAAUAUAACUGAAGAAGAAAAUUCUAGUUCUCAAAGUUCCUUAUUGUCACCAACACACUCUUUCAAGAAAGAAUGCCCUCACUGCCAGAAAACAUUUUCGAAACAAUUUUUACUAGAACAACACAUGAAUGAAGUUCAUGGCGAGUCAGAUGCUCCUAUUGAUCCUGAAACCUUGAAAGGAUUUUCAGAGUCUAAAGAAAUUAAUGACUCAUUAAAAACAUCACCUAUCCCAUUCGCUACGCAAUCUUCUGAAGACAGACAAGGUUUACAAACACCAACCAGCAGUUUCUGUGAAAUUUGCAAAAAAGAACUGUGCAAUAAAUAUUUCAUGAAAACUCACAUGCAGAGAAUGCACGGAAUCUCGAUUGAAAAUGGUGCACAGAUAGGCGGUGUCGUUUGUGACAUUUGCAACAAAGAACUUUGCAGUAAAUAUUUUUUAAGGGUCCAUAAACAGAACUCUCAUGGCAUUGUGGAUGAACUAUUUCUCCCUCAACUUGGCUUGGAUUUUGUCAGAAAUCAGUCUCCGAAUCCGGACCCAGCAUUAAAACCGACAGAUCAAACCGAUCUAACACACAGAUACUUCACUCAUUUUAAUGAAGUUUGCACUAUCUGUAAUCGAAGGUUUAGGAGUGUUAAGUGGUUAAAAGCACAUCUUUGGAAUGACCACGGUGAAGAAGGGAAAGAAAAACUUAAAGAAGCUUUCCUUUCUCAAAAUAUAGAAUCUAAAAUUAUUCCAUUUGAUGAGGUCUCAAAAGAUUCUGGAAAACACAUCGAGUUUUCAACAUGUGGUAGUUCUAACCAAAUCAAUAAUAUUCCUAAACCAAAUGAAAGUAAUCAGAAUGGAAAAGAUAUGUCUGACAGUUCAAGCUUAGUCGACAAAAACAUGUUAAACAAUACUACCAUGUUUUCUAUGUUAAUGAAUGGCAAAGACUCUGAGACAAAACAUUACCAAUGUUCCUACUGUUCGUUUACGACUACAAUAUUAGCAUUUUUGUUUAUACAUGAGCGAUCUCAUAUGAACACCAGGAGCCUACCAUCUGAAGCAGACCAUCCAGUUCAGUGUUCCGUUUGUUUCCAAAAUCUGGACUCCAAAGAGCAGUUAGAUAAACACAUGAAGUUACAUAAGAUGACGUCGUCUUCUCAGCAGUACUCUUUGAAUAAUUCGACCCAGGAAAUUUCAAAAGUACCUGUGAAAAAGGUUGACUCAAAAAAGGAUUUUAUUAUCACGAAGGAAAAAGCGCUACAUCAAGAUCAAGAAGCGUAUGAAAGUUUGCAUUUUUCUUCUCAUUACGGCAGCAGAUCGAAGCCUAAUUUAUCAGUCAGCCAAUCUGAUCCGACCACCGAAUCAUCUGUGCAAUGUACAAAAUGUGGAUUCAGUACUAACAACAUCCAAGUAUACUUGGACCACAUAAAUAGGGAGCACCCAUUCCUUCAGAUGGAUCAAGAACUACCAUCGUAUCUUCACCAAGUGGAAAAGGCACUGUCCACAAUAGCGUGCAACACGGGCAUCCCUGCGACCUUCGCAGUCCCUCGGACGCAAGAUCACGUCAUGAUGCAGCCCUUCGUUAUAGAAGAAUCAGAGAAUAAUGGUGACACGAACAAUUCAUUUGAUCCUACUAAACCAGGUAAAACGUUCCUAUCUUCUCUUGUAUUUCUGCCUGUAAAGGAAAAAUUGAAAAAGUCUGUGACAGCAUCAUUCAAACUCACGCCCACGUGAAUGUAAGAUAAAUUAAAAAGGAACUAGGAAAUAGAUUAGUCUAUUUUUUGUUUAUUUUUCUUAGAGUGCAUACGAUAUAGUGAAAGUUAUCGAGACGGAGGUGGGUCAGUGAAUGUGGGAUAAGAGUAAAGACAAUAGCAAUAAUACUCUCUCGAGUUUCGAUGAAAAGGAAAAUGUAAUGUGAAGUAAAUGUAAGUAUGACGAAGCUACAUCUGUGAUGAAACGGGGAGGCUAUGAGUUUUCGGAGAAUGAAUGAGGGUGGCUGAGAGUGUGGCUGUGUAUAGCUUCGAGCAAGAUAACAUUGGCAAAGAAAGUGCUAGACAAUACACCCUUUAUAUCUCGUAUACAAGACUUCCAACAACACUAGACGUUUAAAUUGUUAUAUUUAUUGACCACAAAGCUUAUACGAUGAAACGAUUCGCAUCUAAUUCGUAUUUACUUUUACGUACCAGUGAACUUUGCCAGUGUUCUCUUAACUCCAAAAUUUUGAAUGAUGCCUUGUAAUGUCAUGUGUAAGUAAAUUUAUCGGCACAAUAGUUAGAUGUAUACAAGACUGAGUCAUUAUUUUGUGAUUCUCUGAGUGCCGAGGUCAAAAUCUUCGUUACAUUUAGAAUCAUCAGUGAUAUUUACAAAAGUUCCUAUCGAGCCUUGAUACUCUGAGAGCAGCCACGUGUAGUGCCACACAAGUCCGUUGUGCUCAAUGUGCAUAGUUUCCAUGAAUGAAGAGUAACACUUCCUAACUUAACUGUCCUUUAGCAUCUCAGGGUUAUGCGUACAGUACAAUAGCUCACCAGUUACAGACAAUAUUUGGACAAGUUUUUCAUUUCCGGAUUAUGUUCGAAUGUAAGUAGUGAAGAUUUUCAUGAAGGCGAUUCAACCCGUUCUUUGCAUCUGUGCUUAUUAAUCAGGGAUGAAUAUAUUUGUACAAAUCGAUAAUUACUGUUCUCAAGACGUAUAUUGUUUGUAGUUUUAUUUUAAGCAGUUUCU